UCAUCACCAGCGCCGGUGUGUCAUCUUCUUUUGUUCGUUGCCGGAGCGGAAGACUCCCGACGAGGAUGUGUGUUUUAUUUUUUUAAUCGCUAGUGUUAAAAAACUCAUUAAACAUUUAAAAAAUUAUUUUUUUUAAAUUAAAAACAAGUGAAUAUCAACAAAAUUGGAUUUUUAUAUCGUCGAGAUGAAAAUAACAAUCAUCUUCUUCGCGGCGCUCGUGGUGUAUGCCUCGGCGGAUAGCACGCGUCCCACAAAGAAAGAUGACGCGAUCGACGCCGCCGGCAACAGGGACAAGAGAAAUUCCGGCUAUGCGGACAUAUCGCACCAGACGUAUCCGCGAGAUCCGCGAUUAGAAAGGCGCAUCUCAAACAUUCCGACCGGGCCACGCAUGUAUCCGGCCUUCUUCCCAUCCGGGAUGCGGCCGUACACCUACUAUCGCAAACAGAAGCCCCAGCUUCCUCCGUACGCCGUACAAAUGGAACCAUUGACACAUUAUUCCCAGCGUGAUCCUCUAUAUGAUCCCACAUCGUUGAGUACUCUACAACAACCUCACAACGACUUAAAUAAACCAGAUGAUCAAACUCCUGAUAAUAAUCAUUUGAGUGAACAUUACUAUGGUCCUCCUAGACAUCAAUACAUCGAACGCCCUGUAUAUAUUAAAGAACCCGAGCCUAUUAUUGAGAUUAUUAUUAAAGAGGCUAACACGACAGCAGCGCCACCGUAUCAGGAUGUUGUACCAUUGCCACAAAAGAAGAAAAAGGAAGAAGUGCAAGUUUUCUAUGUGAAAUACAAGAAGAACCCUCAUGGAACCGGGAAAGAUAGUGUUAUUUAUGAUAAACCUAUUCCUGCCUUGUCGCCCAUUCAAGAUGAUCAUGAUGAAGAACAACAGGAAGAACCGCAUCAUGAGGAGUACGCUGCGCCGACUUAUGCGCCACCUGUGGCGACGACUACAAUCCGCGCGAUUAUCAAACCUGACUCGGAGACCUUUCAUGCGGAUAGCGGUAUUCAUGUAACCUUUGGCGGACAAUCGCAUAAUCCGCACGCGGAGAGCUACUCGCAUGACGACGACAUUGUUGAGUCCGCGCCGCAGCCGGCACUCUCGCAUCCGGAAGGUCGCCGCUUUCCGAACAACAAUGGUCCCACUACUACCACUUUCACUCAAGAGUACAAGCCUGAGCAACGCCUGCCGCAGCCUUACAGGCCGUUUAACUUCAACCAGCGACCGCAUAAUUUCCAUCAACAGCAGCAACAAGCACUGCCGGCGUUUAACAACAACAAUAACUUCAACGCGCCUCCGCCGACACUCAACUCGCAACUGUUUAAUAGUCCGGUACCAAAUCGUUUUCCGCCCGGAAGGCCUAAUUUUUCACAGAUUAAACAAGGACCUCCGCAGGUGAUCAAUAAGCCGUAUCAAUUCGAAAGACCACAACAGUUUAAUUUCCCAAGGCAGACACAUUUCCCUAUUCAGCAACAACCUCCGACUCAUCAGAAUCCGGUUGUGUUUAGUCACAAGCCUAGUUUUCAAAAUGGACCCGGGCCGGUGACGAAAUUCAGCCAACCAUCACCACAUUCGUUCCAGUUGAGUCAACAGUUACCCAAUCAUCAUGCUCAGCAAGUUUUUCAUCAGGGGACCAAUGCGUAUAGCUUCCAAACGAAUUUUGCUGAACCUACUCGGUUUAAUCAUAAUAACAAUAAUGAUAAUCAAGCAUUCCAAGGGAAUAAUCAUCAGUUCCCACAGAAUUAUCAGACUAUACAACAGACGAGACCUACUCUUUCAUCCCCACCACAAUUUCAACAGAAACAACCGAUUCAGCAUCAAAAUCAACAACAUCAAAACCAAAACCAAAACUUUAACCAUCAACAGUUUUCAAAUAACCAAAACUUCCAACCUCAAUCACCACCACAACAACAACAACAACAACAACAACAGCAUCAUCAGCAACAAUUGCAAAUACAACAACAACAGAAUUUGUUAAAUCAACAUAAACAUAUUAUUCCACCAGGCGGUGAAUUGAUUCCUGCGUUACCCAAAUAUGAGCAACACAUCACUUCUCAAUACGCAACUGGACCUGAUGGUACCCUCAGUCCCCAAAACUUCUCCGCACAAGUCCAACAACAAUUCAGGGACUUCCCACAACCACAAAACAAUCAUGUGCAACAACCAAUCAAUCACAACUUCAAUCACCAAGCCCAGAACCAGAUUCAACAGUAUCAGAGUCAAAAUGAGCAAGUUGUACAACAAUCCAAUCAAAACCAACAACAGGUUCAAAGCAGUCGUAAUGUAGACAACCAUAACUUUGAUUUCAACCCCAAUCAAAACUACUACAGACCUUCAACGCAAUCCACAACACCUUCUUCAUACGUAACCAGUCCUAAACCAAGCAGUACAACACGUCUUCAAACCACCACAACAACAACAACAACAACAACACCUAAACCUGAAUCAACAACGUUAAACCUAAAAGAUUUGAACAUUGAACUGCCUGAUGAAGUCCCUGAUGAUCUCCGUGAGCAGUUGUUGUCUUCUGGUAUUUUGAAGAACGCUCAGAUCUCUGUUUUGGAUUAUGAUAAAGUAGGGGACAUACCAAUCUCAGCCCUACCACCAGAUCAACUUGCUAACUUCUAUGGAGCAGGUGGUGCACAACAAUUAGCAUCACCAAGUGAAACUAAACCAACUGUUGUACGUCCUGAUGGAUCAAGUAAAGUAAACCCAACAAAUGAAGAAGUUGAUGAAAUGGAACCUGUUGCCCAGGCGUCAACAAUGAAUGAAAUACGUACCCCACCAGUGGAGAUGAAGGUGGUAAGGUAUGAUCCGGAAACAGAACAGGGUCAACAAGUUCAGGAUUCGUACCUGAAAGAAGGCGCGACUCAAAUUCAACCGGUAGUACUCAAUGAUCAAUCGUACAAUCGUUAUUUGCCUUUGAAAGUCAGCGGGACAAAGUUUCCAAUCCCGGAUGUGCCUGAAUUGAAGGGUAAAAACAUCAACAGUGUUGUUGUGUUAGCUCCAGUCGACUACAACUUCUAUAAACAGAGAGUUGUACGUGCAGCGGCUGCUAACCUAGCAGAUGACAUUCAGCUGAUCAAAAACGAGGCUUUGAAGACGUUAGUUAAGGAUCCAUCACAGGAAAACUACAAGAAGUUCUUGGAGCAUGAAAAGGACGCUGCGUCAGAUAAACAAUCUGUGAUCUUAUUAGUAACAGGAUCUGAACCAAAUAAUCGUGAGAUAUUCAUGUAUGAUGUUGGUACGAUGAGUGUGAGUAAAUUAGAUGGUGAAUUGUCUGCUGCUUUCGUUGAUGCAGCCGAAUCUAAUACAUCUGAAGAGAAGGAAGAUGUUUCUUCACCUGCAGCUUCGAAUUUGGUGGAGACUAAAGUACCAGCUCCAGAAGGUUUAGAUUUUGCACAAUUGCAAGCAUCAAAUGAUGACGAUAUUGAAUUGCAGCCAGCGGCCUCGGAGCUCUUUGAGACUCGGGUACCAAUCAUUGAUCCAAUGCAGGGCGAUCUGGAGGCGGCAGGAAGCGAACAACUUGAACAAUUUGUCGAUAUUGACAGCGAUGAUCUGAUGCCGGCCGCCAGCGACGAAUUUCGAAAUCCCAGUUACAAGACUGAGUAACCGCCAUCGCAUACACAUACAAUCAACACUCAUUUCAUAGGUUUUUUUUAUUAUUAUUCAUCUUUCAUUGCGUGACGAUGAUGAGGACAUGUACAGUUUGGCGCGUUGAACAAUCAAGCAACUUUAAAGUCCACACAUAUGCUGUGUAAACACACGCUUCUUAAUGUGUUUAGUAAUGUUUUGUUUCGUUUCCAUUGGGGUUUUAAUUUAUGAUCGUCUGUGUGCAUUUUAUUCUUAUUUUCCGGGUUAAUUUGUGGAUUUUAAACUUGCCUCAAGUGUGUUUAAAUUAGAAGCGUGUUAGCGAUAAGUUUAGAUAUAUAAAUCGUGCAAAAAUGAAUGUGUACAGUGUAAUAUAAUAAGUGUAAUAGAAUACGGCGUACGUUUAGAUUAAAUUUAUAUCAAGGAAUAAAUUCUAAUGCAUUUUUA